GGCUAGAGCUUCCCUCGGCUUUCCAAUGACAAAAUUUGCUUCUGUUCUCUUCUGCUAGAAAUACUACCAAAAACCAGUCGAUUCAUUCAUUCAUUGGCUUUGAAGACGAUGUUAUAAUUCCAUGAUAUAUAUUUAAAAACUCAAUUUCACUGGUUCAUUUCCAUUAUUCUUGAUGUCAAGGUACCUACCUAAUCUCCAUCCUCCAAGUACCAGCUCGUUCUAGACCUUGGCUCAUAACUCAACCUGAGCACACGACCUCCUACAAGGCCCCUCGACCAACAAGAUUGAUAAGAAUCAAACCAUCUUUGUUCUAUCCUCGAAUACACCAACACGAUAACCAUCUGAGACAUCAAUCAUCAUGGGAAGGGCGAAAUUUCCCAGCGGGAUGGAGCGUCGAAAGUCCUCUACUCCUCACUACCACACCUUCCCCACCCCACCACCCAAGUCUCGCGGCAGACCUCAAGUCACAUCAACUUUGUCAUCUGGUGGCGAUGGAUCUGCGCACUCGAAUUCGAAUGAAGGGGAGCCCGAAGAUGAACAAAAUCAAUCUCCUCUUCCAAUAAAACAACUCGCUGUAUUAGCAAUCAUCGCGCUCGCCGAACAAACCGCGUUGAAUUCGAUAUCUCCAUACCUUCCCGAAAUGACGUCGAAAUUUCCAGAAGUUGAUCCAAGUCAAAUAGGUUUAUACGUCGGAACUAUAGCGUCGAGUUUCGCGUUCGCGCAAUUUACAACGAACUUUUUCUGGGGCUGGUUAUCUGAUAGGAUAGGGAGGAAGCCGGUGGUAAUGCUUGGGACUCUUUUGACAUCAGCAUGUUUUGUUGCUUUUGGAUUCUGCAGAACAUUAUGGCAGGCAGUGUUGGUACAAGCGCUCAUGGGUAUGGUCAACGGAAAUCAGGGUGUAAUAAGUACAUGUUUAGGGGAGAUCACGGACCGCAGUAACCAGAGUAAGGCAUUUGUCUAUCUGCCAGUCAUCUAUGGAAUUGGUGGCAUAACAGGACCAGCUUUGGGUGGGUUGUUAAUUUUCGAAGAGAAUCCCUUCAACAAGGGGCAUCCAAAUCCUUAUCCAUAUCUACUACCGAAUUUGUUUGCGGCAUCAAUAUUAAUCCUCGACUUGGUAUUGACGGGCUUUUUCCUGGAAGAAAGUCUGGAAGAGGCAAAAAAUCUUCCUCCUUUGAAGCAUCGAAUGAAGAGCCUCUUCACGUGGAUGUGGCAAUUCACAGGAGGAGCUCGACAUCCAACCUAUACAAGAACCCCCUCUCAGCGUGCACUCCUUCAUGACUCUGAUGCAUCGGACGAAGAAGAUUCUGAGACCGAAUCACUCCUCUCAACGGGCGACUUCUUCCAGUCAUCAAAUGAAGCUCACUUAUCCUACAAGGAAGUCCUAAAUCGCGACACUGUAAUCCUUCUUGGUACUUAUCUUAUCUUUCAACUCUCGAACAUUUCCUUCAACUCUCUUUAUCCUAUCUUUGCAUCGGCUCCCGAGCGCUCUGGACGAGCACUUUCUCCUUCUGAAAUCGGUCUUUCUCUCUCUUUUGCAGGAAUAGUUACAAUUGUCUUCCAAAUUGGCAUUUUUGGUAAACUCAAAGAAAAGAUGGGAAACAAAGCAACGUAUAGGUCAGGAUUGUUCCUCUUCUUCAUUUCCAUGAUGCUUAUGCCAUGGAUCGGAUACAAGGACUCUCCUCCACCUUUCGGCAUCGGAAAUGGAAAAUUAUGGCUGUGGGUUGAACUUGGCUUCGUCCUGUUAUUGAAAACAGUAGCCGCUGUGGGAGGACUCACAAGUGCUCUUUUACUUAUCACAAAUUCUGCGCCUAAUCAUGGUGUGCUUGGCACAUUGAAUGGCCUGGCACAAACUUUAAGUGCAGCGGGAAGAGCAGCAGGCCCUUUCUUGAGUGGAGGAUUGUUUACUUUGGGAACAAAGAUUCAUAAUGGGGGAUUCCUCACCUGGGGCGUUUUUAGUGGGAUCGCUUUGGUGGGAUUUGUGUUCAGCUGGGGAAUCCGAGGGAAAGAUUUGGAGAGUGGGGACUGGAGUGAUGAGAGUAGUGAUGAGGAGAGCGAUAGUGAAAGUGGUGAGGAUUUAGAGGCUGGGCAAUCAUCGUGAUAAGUUUGAGAGGUUCAUCGAUCGGAUCCCCGGUAUUAUAUUGUAACAAAUACUUUACAUUUUGCGUUGUUCUUGAUGGGAAUGGGAUGUAUGUUUUUCAUAUUGGUAUAGGGUAUUCAUUGGGCGGUACAGGAGUCUCGGCGCAUAGAGAGAAGAAGGGAUGAUAGCGAGAUUAGACUUUUACACGGGGAAGUAGAACAUACAUGAGCAGCGUGCAUACAAAUACUGUGGAUUUAGAAGCUUUUGUAGCUAAUACAAUUUAUCUCACCAAGCAUUUCUAUGAUCAUAAUAUCGACCCCAUCGGAAGCUUAGCGCACGGGCCAAUUUACACAAUACCAAAAGCAUCCAUCCA